AUGCUGAGGCAACACUUUUCGUACGAGCUGGUUCGCUACACGCAGGCCCCGCCCGCCUUGCUUCCCAAACAAGCGGAGGAGAGCAGGCCGGAGUUUGCGGCGGAGCAGCUCCAGACGCGGUCCGGGACCGGGACCGGGACCAGCCGGGCGGGCGGUAGCAAAAGCGAGCAGCAGCUGCUGCGCAGAAAGAUCAACAGCCGCGAACGGAAGCGGAUGCAGGACCUCAACUUGGCCAUGGACGCGCUGCGAGAGGUGAUCCUGCCUUACUCGACGGCUCACUGCCAGAGCUCGCCGGGGCGGAAGCUUUCCAAAAUCGCCACGCUGCUCUUGGCGCGGAAUUACAUCCUUUUGCUGGGCAGCUCUUUGCAAGAGCUCCGGAGAAUCAUAGGGGAGAUCAGCGGCUCCUCGGGGCCCAGGCUGCUGCUGGCUGGACUGCCUCUCUUCGCCGCCGCCCCGGGCCCCGUGCUGCUUACUCCGGGGACGGUGAGCCACCACCACCUGCACCACCACCACCACCACCCGGACAGGCUGCGACCGGCCAACAAAUACCUCUCGGCGGCCCUGGAGGAGCAGCAGCAGCAGCAGCAGUGCGGCCCAGUGCACGUGCCCGACGGGGCGACCCUUUGCUCCUGCGCCGCUUGCAAGUUCCCUCACUUGUUUCCUUCCGCCUUCGGGGUGGCCGCCGCUGUGCAGUUUUCCAAAUGAGCCUGGCCCUCCCGAGCUGAGGAGGGAGGGAGAGAGACGGAGCGGGCCCAGCGGACUGCAAUCGAAACUGGUGGGAGGACGGGGCCCGGAGGACUCAAGGAGCCUAUUGUUAUUGCGCGCGGUCUGGAUGGAGCAACAGCUGGCGGCAGAGAGACGAGAAGGUUUAACACCCUGAAAAGGACGGUUUUGCACGUUUGGGUGCUGCGAUAAUUGGGACAAAAGUCUGAUUUUGGCCCUCGGGUACAAUUGGAAGGAGAGGGUGAGAAUGGUAUUAAAUAGGUCCAAAUAAACAGUCCAACUCUUAACCCAAGCUGGCCAGGUGACCGAUGCAGCUUUGCACAAGGCAUGAAAUCAGUAUGAAGCCUGGUAACAUCUAUACAAGAUUUCAUGGAAGUCCUGAACAGGAAGACGCUUUCCUCUGCUUGCGGCCAAAUCCAAAUGAAAGCGUUCCAGACAAAUGGCCGCCCAGCCUCUGACUGAACACAUCCAGCAAAGGAGAGUCCCAGCCCUU